AAAAGGCGGGGCGUAUAGCGGAAGUGGUUAUAGGGGAUGCUGAGCUCCCCUGAACUGAGACGUCGGCGGCUCAGGUUCUGCAAUGACGUCACGAGAUGAGAAUACACGUCAUUACCGGAGGAAGCGGCACCUCAUAUACCGUCCACCCCCCCCCAGUGGUUCCUUGAAGACCCCUCCGCAGCACCAAGGGUUGACCCAUGCCCUCCAUCUGGCGUCUCCCAUGGAGAGAGAGAAGAGGAGGAUUCUGUCUGUGGAGCUGAAGGACAUUGCCCCUGAGGUGGAGCAGCUUCAGGUGCAGAUGCCCCCAUGUGAGCGGGCAGUAAGGUCCGAUGGGUGGUGUGCCAGCGACGGCACCAGCCCUGCCAGCACUUGUAAAGAUCUGGGUGUCAGCAGCUCGCCAGCCGCGGAGGAGCACACGAUCCCCACUUGCCAGCCCGCUCUGAAGGAAGAGCCCGGAUGGGGUUUGGUCCCGCUCUUUAACAGUGUGCGUUCCAAGUUAGAGAGUUUUGCUGAAAUCUUUCUCACCCCAGUGAAGAGUCGACGGCGCCCCCAGAACUCUGAGAGUGAUCGUCCUGGGAAAGCAGAUCUGCAGGAAUGUUCGGGUGGGGUGUCCAGGGGCAGCGGGCACCCCUCUACCCUGUCCCCUGUACGCCUUGAUGUAGACGGGUGUGGCCUUACUGAUGUCUCUCCUGAACUGCUGCAUGGAGAUGGCACCACAGAGGAGAAGGCGCAGAGAACGCCUCCAAACCAUAGGCUGCAGAGUGAGGAGUCCCAAUCCCCGUCCAUCUUGUGCCGUCCACCCCUCCAGCGCUACCUGUCCUGUCCAUUACUGCCCCUCACACAGCACAAGCGGAGGCUCAGCCUCGACACCGUGGAGCAUCUCUCCGAGCCCUGCAAGAGGAGACGGCACAGCCUGGGCUCGAUGGAGGACGGCCUCAGCUUCUCCUCCAUUUCUUUCUCCUUGUCCUGCCUUCGAAAGGAGAAUCAUCCGUCUGUUCUUCGGCAGUCGCCGUACCAGCCUCCAAACAGCGAGGGGUCUCCCUCCAGCCUUGCCAUGGACAAGGAUGGCGAGCCUGGCUUCAGUGGCCUUCAGGACCAGGCACCCAAGGAGUCUCUGCCAAGUUCUGCCUUCAAGAUUUCAGAAAACCUUUCCUCUUCCAAAGAGAAUAAAGUGUCCAGCAUCCGGAUCAGGAAGAGGGCGUUACGUCAGGAAGGGAAGCUGACGCCCCUCGGCCUCCCCAAACGUGUCCGGUUGCAGAAGGAAGAUUUCAGUCUUGAGGAGAUCUACACCAAUAAGAACUACCACACUCCUACAGAGAAAAGAAAAUUUGAAACUAUAUUUGAGGAACCCAUAACGAAGGAUGGCGCCCUGAUCCUUACCAGCCAGCGGCCUCUGCGGCGGAUCAUGAUCUUCAAGGAUAUGGGCGCUGCUCCCCGCAAGCGGAAGAAGAAGGGCAAGGCCGUGGGCCGCACCCGGAGGUACACCGCAGCCAGCGCCGAGAAGAAUGUCAACUAUGAACUGUUACUGCAGCACAAGCUGAGCCAACUGGAGGCCGCUCUGCAGGAAGACAUGUCCGACCCCUGAGCCUCCAGCCUCAAUGUAACCUCCUCACAAUAAAGAGCCUUCAUAGCA